UGAAGCAAAUAAUGUUCUUUUAUUACGUCACUGCCAUUACCUUAACCACAGAAUAGUAAACUGUGCCUUAACCAUACCACUGUUCAAAAUUUUUCAAUCUGAGAUGACUUAACCUAAAGUGUGGAAAUUAUUUAUUUUCAUAAGACAUUUUCUCUAUAUUUGAAAAUGUUUAGUUAUCUAGGUGUUACUAAAGUUCAUAUUUUUCAAAUGUUAUAAACUAACGAAUUGUAGAUAUGAUUCGUAGACUUCUAAACAGUGUUUUUGAAACAGUAUCCUCUGCAGAGCCCUUGAAUUAUUACAACCCUUUCACAAGGAAAGAAACGAUACCUUUCGGUUGGCUAACUGAUGUUGCACCAUGUUUUCCAGUUAAUGCUAAUAGUAUUAAAAUUAUCACAGAUCCUGAUACAUUUUACAAAACACUACUAGAUGGUUGCAGCUUUGCUAAAGAACGUAUAACAUUAGUAAGUCUCUAUCUCGGAAAUGGUAACCUAGAGGAAAAACUUGUCAAUUCGGUGAAGGACAAUGAGUACUUCAGAAGUAAUAAAUUGAAUGUUAGAGUCUUGCUUGACUAUACUAGAGGAAGCCGAUUUGAAUAUAAUUCUAGAGUUAUGUUACAGCCCUUACUGCUCCAAAACAAUCAGAAUUGUAGAGUAUCUCUUUAUCACACGCCAGAGUUACGUGGUUUGUUGAAGAAAUACAUGCCAAAUCGUUGGAAUGAGUUGUUGGGUUUACAACAUAUGAAACUGUACAUUUUUGAUGAUAAACUUAUUAUUAGUGGUGCUAACCUAUCUAAUGAUUAUUUUACUAACCGACAGGAUAGGUAUUUUGUUAUUGAUGAUAAGCCGCUAUGUGACUUUUAUUGUGGACUAAUAGAUCAAGUUCAGAAAUUCAGUUUACAGAUGGAUAAAAACAAUAAAGUCCAGUUACAUUCAAAUUGGAAAUUGUCACCAUAUGAAGGCAAUAAAAGAGAAUUUGUAACACAAGCUGGAGAUAUAAUUGAACAGUAUUUUGUAGAUGUAAUGAACAGUCAAAAUGUCCAUAAACAAGAAGGAUUUGAUACUUGGAUUUUUCCCUUGAUUCAAAUAGGACAGUUAGGUGUAGAACAAGAUGCACAAAUAACUGACAGGAUUUUUGCUGAAGCUCCUGAUGGUGGUAAGCUGAAAAUAGCAACCGGUUAUUUCAAUUUAACGAAUCAGUAUAUGAAUACUUUGAUCCUGAGGUGUCGAGCACAUUGUGAUAUUCUCAUGGCACAUCCAAAGGCUAAUGGAUUUUAUGGUGCUAAAGGACCAGCAGGAGGAAUUCCGUAUGCCUACUCACUGAUUGCUAAAGAGUUCAAAGAGAAAUAUUCUAAAAAAGGACAGCAACAUCGAAUCAAACUGUUUGAAUACCUUCGAAGUGGUUGGACUUAUCAUGCAAAAGGUUUAUGGUAUUACCAACCAGGUGAGGAAUUGCCAUCCUUGACUCUGAUUGGAUCUCCAAAUUUUGGGCAUAGAUCAGUUAGUAAAGAUUUGGAAUCACAGUUGGCUAUAAUUGCGGAAAAUGAAGAUUUGAGAAAAAGUCUCCAUGAAGAAUGCUCCAACUUGUAUGAAUUAGCAUCUCCAGCUGAAACUGAAAGGCGAAUUCCUGCAUGGGUAUAUGCAUAUGUGACUCUAUUCCGAAGUUAUUUUUAAAUCCACGCAAAUUAUUUGUAAGGCAACAGUUAUUUAUUACAGAGAAUUGUUUAUAAAAA